CCGUGGGGGAGAGAAGCAAAGAAUAACGUUAGCGUCAUGUCAGGUCUUCAGCCGUUUUCUUUCUCCGUAAAGAAUAAACUCUUCCCAUUUGUUGCAAAUUUCUUUUUGAAAAUGGGCAUGUUCGCCUUUUCGAUUUGUAGUUGAAAACGGAGAUGAUGAUAUAAAUAACGAGCAUCAUCAUUAUAGACAGCUAAAAAACAUACACAGGAACAUAAAAAAUCUUGCUUUUUUAGUGUAUAUGUGAUUUGAUCUCUCGUGAGUUCUUGUUCUCUUUCCCCUUUUUCUCUUUCCUGUUAUCGUGUGUCGGGUCUCUAUUUUCUGGGCAUUAGAUCGAGAAAAGAACGAGGCUUUAGCGGAGAUUUCAUCUGGGUUUGAGGAAUGGGAUCUUCUUCAGGACAAGGAGGAGGUUAUGAUCUAUCGUUCAAGAUCCUGUUAAUCGGAGAUUCGGGUGUUGGUAAAAGUAGCUUGCUUGUGAGCUUCAUCUCCAGCUCUGUCGAAGAUCUUGCCCCCACAAUCGGUGUCGAUUUCAAGAUCAAACAGCUUACAGUUGCCGGGAAACGACUGAAACUGACGAUCUGGGACACAGCUGGGCAAGAGAGGUUCAGAACACUGACAAGCUCUUACUAUAGAGGCGCCCAGGGCAUCGUUCUCGUUUAUGAUGUGACGAGGAGGGAAACGUUUACGAACCUAUCAGACGUUUGGGCUAAGGAGAUCGAGCUUUACUCCACCAACCAAGACUGCGUCAAGGUGCUCGUCGGCAACAAAGUCGACCGGGAAUCAUCGGAUAGGGAAGUUAGCCGAGACGAAGGGAUCGCUCUUGCUAAAGACCUCAACUGCCUAUUUCUUGAAUGCAGCGCUAAAACCCGAGAAAACGUCGAGCAAUGCUUCGAACAGCUGGCUUUGAAGAUAAUGGAGGUACCUAGUCUUUUGGAAGAAGGAUCGAAUGCCGCCAAGAGGAACAUAUUGAAGCAGAAGACAGAACACCAGACUCAACAAGCAGGCUGUUGCAACUUCUAACCCUUUUUGUCUCGUACCACUUUGUUGCCUUGGUGUGUAAAAUCUGAAAACAAAUUGUUUGGCUUCUCUGUAAAUUUGUUGCUUCCUUUGAUCUUCUUCUUCUUCUUCUUAGCCUCUGAAUGUGCUGUUGUAACCUCAUCUUUACACUGAAGAAGAGAAAGCAAAGACUGGUGCUUUAUCCUC